CACAGCCAGAUGCUGGCAGCUGAGAGAGCAGUGAUGAUGAUGAGAAUGAUGAGAAUGAGGAGGAGGAGCAUCCUCCAGAAUAAAUUGUGGUCCAGCUGUUGCAAGUGCAACUUCACGCCCUUGAGGACCUCGCAGAAGGAUGUGAAGCAGAUAAAGACGAUUUUCUUUGUCUCUUUGGAGGCUGAAGCAACUCGGCACAGGGACUUCCUUCUGCAUUCAAGACAACUAGUUCUGUUCAAUUGGAUUGUGUUGUGAUCUGAGGUAUAAUCCAUGUGGCCAAUAUGAGGCACCAGGACCAGGAUAGACACAACCUCCAUGAAAGUCUUGGUGAGUCUUCUCUCAGGGACUAUGUGGAUGAUGAUGAUGAUGAUGCUGAUGAUGAUAGUUUUUGCAGUCGCGUCCAUUCUGCUGGUGGUUUUGCUCGGGAUGCUUGGCUCAGUGUGCUGCUGUCCCAGUGUCUGCAUCUGUGAUGGUAACACCACUGACUGUUCCACCCUGGGCCUAAUCUCGUUGACCCCCCUCCUGCCACUGCUGGACCAGGACACUGAAACCCUGCAAUUGGCCCAGAACAACCUCUCUUUCCUGGAUGCUUUGGACUUUACCAACCUCAGCAGCCUGGAGAUCCUCGAUCUUUCCCAAAACCACUUUUCCACCCUGCAGUCAGGAGUCUUCUCAUGUCUGAGCGGCUUGCGGUGGCUUAAUCUGUCAGCCAACAUCCUGGGAACGCGCCUCGCCACCUCAUGCAAUGGCAACUGCAGCAAAGAGGUGGAGAAAAAGUUAAACAGAAGCCAUGGGGGUGUCGGCCUGAGCAAGGAGGUCUUCGGGGGACUGGGGUGGUUGCACGGCCUUGACCUGUCCUCCAAUGGCUUACUAUGGCUUCCCAAGGACUUGCUGAAUGGACUCCAGAGACUCUCAUGGUUGUCGCUGGCCAGGAAUCGUCUGGCAGUCCUGGAGAGGGGCACCUUUGAGCCUCUGGUGGGGCUUCAGCAGCUCCUCCUGGCUGGGAAUCCUUGGGAAUGUGACUGCACGCUAUGGGAAUUCAAGCACUGGAUGGAGUGGAUGAUCUACAGAGAUGGUCUGGUGGACAUGAUGACGUGCAGAUUUCCAAGGAAGCUGAUGGGCAGGAACCUCCGCAGUGUACCAGCUGAAAUGUUCAACCACUGCCUGCGGAGUGUCGCCAGGGAGGUCACAUUCGGCGGCGGCGUCCGACCCCUCUGUCCGCCAGGCCGUAUCAGCAACAACGACGAGUGUGUCCGCCAGCGCUACCGUCCGGUUAGCGUCCGCCGAGCCUACGUGACACAGAUUGUGGCGGGGGUGGUGUGCAGCACGGUGUCCGUCAUGAUGGUGGUGGCGGCAACGUACGGCUGCAUAUACGCAUCGCUGAUGGCUCGCUUCCAGCGGGAGUUGAAGAAGCGAGGGCAGCCUCUGAUUGCGGAGUGCAGAGCGGAUGACCCAGAAGAUGUGCAAUCCCCAACAGCACCAGAGGAGGCGCUGCCUAAAGAAGCCUGUGUGCUCUACGGGUACCGCAUCAGCAGCUUCUGACUGAUUCAGCUCAGACUUAUGAAACAUCCAAUGACCCGAUCACUAGGUCUGUUAAAAAACACCCCUUUUUUCUGUUCCUAUGUGCUUGUGUCAAACUUCUUAAACCAGUGGUGUCCAACCUUUUUCCAGGGAGGGCCACAUAGUGAAAAAUGAAAGGACUCAAAUUUGACACUUUGACAUUUUGUCAAACAAUACAUGUAGAUAUGCUAAGAGAUAUGGGGAGCAGUGGCUCAGGAGGUAAAGCCUCACUCCCUCCACCCAGUCACUGUUGUUAUGUGCCUGGGCAAGACACUUCACCCAACUUGCCUCCAGUGCUGCCCACACUGGUGUAUGAAAGUGAAUGAAUGUUUGAUCGGAGAGGUGGUCAGAGAGGCCGUAAGCGCGAAUUGGCAGCCACGUUUCUGUUAGACUACCCCAGGGCAGCUGUGGCUGCAGAUGUAGGUUGAUGUAGGUAUAUAUAUAUAUAUAUAUAUAUAUAUAUAUAUAUAUAUAUAUAUCCCAAGAAAAAAAAUAUACCUCAGCUUUGUGAUAUAGGUCACUUUUCCUCUUAAAUAAGCUUUGUAAAUGUUCUUUUUGGAAUAUUAUGACUGUAUUCUCGUAAUAUAACGUAAAUAUAACUUUUUGCCAAACCUAAUUUUCCAAAAAUUACAGCUUUGUUUUGUUGUUUUUCUCAUAACAAGUUUAUUCUUGUAAAAGUGAAACUUUUUUUCUUCUUAGAAUACAACUUUUUUCUCUUAAUAUUUUUACUUUAUUCUUGUAAAAUGUUUUUUUUUUUUCCAUUUCUGCUGUUUUAUUGAAUUAACUAACUUUCUUCUUGGAAAUUUUCUUCUCGUAAUUAUGUCUUUAUUCCCAUAAUAUGGGAACUUUUUUCCCCCCCAACAAAAUUUUCCAGAAAUUACAACUUUAUUUUUUUGUUGUUAUUACGACUUUAUUAUUAUUACGACAGAAUUUUUCUUCAAAAUGUCAACUCUGUGUUACUUAAAUGCCAUUAUUUUUCCUCAUAAUAUUACAAGUUUAUUCUCGUAAAAUUAAGACUUUAUAUCUCGUUAGAAUACGACUUUCUCAUCCUGCAGAGUGUGAGUACAGUGUGUCCCUCAUUCCUGUCCACAUGUCCUGUGAGAAGCACACCUAAUGUACUUUUCAUUCAUAAUGACUGUGUUAAUAAACUCUAAAGUUAGUGUUUCUUCUCAACAUCAUCACACAUGUUUGUCCUGUGUAGUUUAGACAAAAGUUAAACAUACCUCCAGCGAUGGCGGUCUUCCCUUGUGAUGACACGGUGACCGCAGUGGUGGCCACCACGUACUUCAUGCCUACGGACAACAAGAACUGUGCUUUGAAAGCAACAACACAACACAUUCCACGAUGACAACACCAGAAGGACCUUUGUCAUUGACGGGGUAGUAGAAGAAGCUUCCAGGAGGGUUUUCCACGGCAAGUCGGUACCACAGCGGGAAAUGAUCGAUGGUGAACAGGUUGUCCUUAUCAACAGGGGUCAGGAACUUUCUAUGCAGUGGAAAAGACGUACAUGUGUGACGUCACAUGACCACAAUACAACAGGAAGAGUCGGUACUUUGCCACUCGCGUCUCCACGCCGGCAUAUCUCACGAUCCUCAUCAGGCCGGAGCGAGUACCCAGAAAAGCCGUCUCGAUGCCCGGCUCCACCCUGUCCACACAUAUUUUGUCGUGAAAGGACACAAGAGUGGGAUCUCAUGUCCACUGGGGCCCACCUGUCGUUGAGCAUCAGGGCGUUCCAGUAGGCCUCCAUGGGCGCUGUCACCACGGCAUCGAACAAGGUUUGCUGCAGCAGAAGCUCGUCACCUAGGCAACGGAGAGGCGUGGUCAUCAACCGCCAGUGACAACCACGACAACACUUAGAUGACAUGUUGACCGUCUUACACUCCAGAUCAGGCUCCUUCCCCAGCAGGUAGCGAAUGGCGGCCUGCAGCUGAGAGUACUUGCGGUGGGCGGGGUCAAUGUCUGUCUCGCAAUAAGUCCUGAAAAAGAAGAGAGGAGAAAAGUUCGGAUGAAUGAAUAAAUAAUAUGUAAUCAACAUCUGCCAGGAGCUAGAUGAGCCCGCCCUGUGUAUAGCUCCACCACUUUGUAAAAAAAGUAGGCUUCACUACACAUCUUAAAAUGGAGCACAGCCGACUAUCCGUCAGUCACCUACAAAUGCUGCAGCUGUAACAUUUUUACCAUCCUCUCCUGCUCCUUAAUGUUAGGGCCCUGUCACACCUUGACGAUUUAGGCAGCGCAUGCCUGACGUGAUCAUUUUGAUGGCAUACGUUGAACUGACGACGUUUUUUUUUUUCAAUUUUGGGCUUAGCAUAUUCAUAACGAGUUCGACGUAAACAUGACGUAUUAGUAAGUUAUAUAGAACGUUUCUAUAAUUUAUAGACAACUUAUAUCAACGAAUGCAUAGCGGGU